UUGGCCCGGCCCGUUUCUCUGUUUCUCUUUCGCUCUAUGUCUCUGCAAAAGACUUAAAACACUAGCGUUCUUGCAUUUGCUGUCUCUCGGUGGCAUAGAUUUUCCUCUUUGGAUUCUUGUCUGGCUGGUGCUCUCCUUUUUUGUUCUUGGAGUCAGAGAUCAGCCAGAAAUGGUAGAGGCAGACAAUGGGAUUAUGAAAAUUCCUUACAUUAUUCGAACUUGUACCGAACUAUCAAUUAUGGUACCAGCAAAUGCUAGAAUGUUAGGGAGCUCAAAGGAUGACUGUACUGAAGAGAUAUGUGCUGAGAUUGUUCGUAUCACUUAAGUACAUCACAGCAAAUGUUGUAGACCGAAACAACGGACGGAUUGUUGCAACAGCAUCAACAGUUGAACAUGCCAUCAAGAACUCAUUAGAGUGUGGCCGGUCUUGCAAUGCCAAGGCAGCAACCAUCGUUGGAGAGGUGUUAGCUAUGCGACUCAAGGUGGAGGGUCUUGAGCAAGGACAGGGAAGAGGGAUUCACGUUGAUGUAAACAAGGAGGUUGAGAAGAAAGGCUUUAAGAACAGGACCAAGGUCUGGGCUGUUGUCAAUGCCCUUAAGAACAAUGGAGUUAAGGUCGUUCUUGAAGAUAAUGAAGAUAAUCCAUCCCAGCCAAGUUACUGAUAUAUAAUACAUCUCUUCCUUUUUUAUAGUUUGACACUGAGUACAAGGAAAACAAAAGUAAGCCUGUCGAAUAUACCCUAUGGAUGCAUGCAGUUGUUUCUCAUUAUUAAUUCAUUUUCAGUGGA